AUGGAAGUUUCACUUGCGACCGAAGGGCAGUCUGGUGCAGUGAACGAUCCCUUGACGCUCCGUUUCUCGAACGCUAGUCUUGACGCGGGCAAGGCUUACACCGUUGGUGUUCGGGUCUUGAACCCCGGUGGACGCCCGCCAGAGGCGACAAACUACUGGGGCAUCUCCUUGCAGGACCAUAGCAGGGACACCUUCGAUGCGAACCUUCGAAUUCCCGGGCUGGACCUGAAGUCCAUUCCGAUUCGGUGCAAUGGACUUGGUUGGACAAAUUCCGACCCCCGGGUGUUGGCAUACGUGCUGAUCCAGAUUCGGGUGCUCCACGAGAUCCCUGCAGGAACGCUACAGAGAUUCACGGUGCGAGCGCCCGAGGGCAUCAUGUUCAAUGAAGAUCCACAGAAGGUGAGUGUGCUGCCGAAGCCGCUUCCCUUGCGACUGGCGAUUCCCACGCAAGUUGCUGGCGAUCUUCUGUCGCUGUACCUGGAUGAGAUGGCGCUGGUGGAAGUUGGUACUUACAACAUUCGCUUCGAGGUGAGCAAUCCAACCGUCUACCCGCACGACAACACCUGGUCCAUCUUUGCGAUGAAAGACAUCACAAUGGAGUUUGUCCAUGUAAUGACAGGUUACUACGAGGGUCAAGCAUCUCCGUUCGACAUAAAUGUCGCAGCGCAAGCCCGAACGAAUGCCGCUGGCCACGGGGCGCGAUUCUCGCUCCUGCUGAUCCUCAUCGUCUCAGUCAGCCGAAUCUUUGUCGACCUGCAAGUCCUUAAUGGAUGCCUUUACGAGUGCAUGGAGUGCUACGAUUCGACGAUUCGCCUGGUGCUGGUCCUUGAAGCUUGCACGAUGGCGUCGCAGAGCGCAGAAGGACACCAGCUUGCUUCCACUGUGCACAUCGCCCGAGAGAUCCGCUUGCUGAAGGUUGAACAGCAUGACGAUCUCGAAAUGCUCAGUGACCCAAUGUCUCCGACCAAGGACUGGCCAGUCUGCACGCAUCCGUGGAUUCGACGAGUUGCCCUAGGUCUUGUAGCCAUCGUGGGAGCACUUGCCCUUCGACAUCGAUGGGAAGCCUCCAGGACCAGUUACGACGCUCGAGAUGUCAUAUCGAUGCGGAGCCGCGGCGAUUUUCGUGGCGUAGCUCUGAAUUCUGGCGAUGCGAACUAUGACACGGUCUUCAAUCAGACCCUUUUUGAUUGUGUGCGGACGGCCAAAAAGGGGGCAGAGGGCAAGUGCUUUGACACCAUUUACGGUGCGGAUACGACCUGCCGGGAACUGGCGAAGGACCCUCUGCGCGGCACCUGCAUGGGAAUCCAAGCCUGCUUGACUGGCCAAGCCUAUGGGCCACUCCCAAAUCCGUGUGACAAAGCCUGUGGUGAUCAAGGGCAUGAGCACAUGUUGAAAUCCUGUCAUGUCCAGUUCUCUGCGCUGCGACUGCUGAGUCGGACCUGUGUUCCCAAGUGGGUCAUCCACGACCAGAAGACAGAUUGGAGACUCUACCAGGUUCGAGACAUGAUCAAUGGCAUUGCAAAGCGGUGUGGACGCCCCAUCACGGACAUACCCUUCUUCAACACCUGA